AUGGCAGACAGAAUGGCCAGACCCCAAGUCUACAUUCUGUGGGAUGAGAGUGCUUCUCCUAAAGCUCACGUUGGAGGUUAUAAUGUUGUUGCUGCGAUCAGAACGCUAGCGACCCGCUUGGGCGUUAUCAAGGCCUUCAACUACUAUGUUGACAUCUCAAGCAACGACAAGACUCGGCUCCUACCAGUACUCGCAUCGGAACUCCAAUGUUCUGGCGUAUCGGUUAUCGACACCGUGUCUGGUGGAAGGGACGGUGCAUCCUCCAAGAUGAUGAUCGCCGAUUGCUUCCUGCUGGCCUUGGACAAUCCGGAUCCGUUGAACAUUGUCCUCUUGGUCCUCACCUCUGAUCCACACCUUUGCUACAGCGUUGCCUCACUCAGGUCGAGGGGCUACUGUAUCCCAGUCCUCUGCCCGCUUGCUGCGAAUUCCAACAUCACCCACCUCAGCGAGGGCUACGCCUUUGAUGUGGGAACAGACGCAACGCUGUCUGACAUCGCUGAUAAUGUACGAGUAAUGCUAAAUGUAGCAACGGAAGAGGUCCCUUCGCAGGCUCCGGUCCAACAGACUCUUUCAUCAAACAUCAGACCGCUUGAGGACGAUGUACCUAUACGUCGCACCCAACCUCUAUUGCCGGAUUUUCCAUUUGCUGCCGCAUACAGAGGCGACGACGACUUCAACACAUUGACUACGACAAGCUCGACCCAACCGAGGCUGCGCGCAACUGCAGCUCCGUUUUCCCCAUCUUCGCCUCUUGCUGCAUCCGCCUUUCAUGCGCCCAACCAAACCAUAAAUGAAGCGGUCACUGUCGCAACAUCCUAUGUGGCCCCGCCAACCAAUCCUAGGCCAUGGACCUGGAAUUGGUGUCCCGAGACACCACCCUACCCGUACUUUGGUUUGGCCAAGCCAUGGCCUGCAGUUCCAAUGUUUCCGCCAGUGAUAUCCAACAACCCUACGGUGACUUCGGCGAGACCGGGAUAUCCUACCUCUAUCCCAUCCCAUUACCAUAUCCUUGUUACCGUCUUACGGGAAAUGAGGGAAAACGGGAUAUACAGCAUCCAGCGUAUGAGUCUGGCGAAGCCUUUGCUCGCGAGGCAGGCCAACGUGUUCGUCGACGCAGGCACCACUCACAAAAAGCGACCUGUAAGACUCUAUGUCUCACGAGCAAAGAAAUUGGGAAUUGUUACAAUCGACAAGGGAGGCAUUGUCUCAUUGGCGCCUGCAUGGUAUUGA